GUAAAUAAAACACAAUGCGCCCUCCUGUGAGGCAACAGUGCGCAUGGAGCCUUACUACUCCAACUUUGCAAAAAUAAAAUUAAAAAAAUAUUAAAAUUCGAUAUUCGAAAUUACAUUUAUUCUCAUCGAACACGAAGACUGAGUGGCCAGUGAAUAUUUAAAAAAAUCCUUUUUAAUUUAGUGACGUGAAGAAUUAAAUAGUGACUUUGAGGGAUUUUGAAAUUAAUCAUGAGGCGUCAGCUCGCGCCGGCUUUGACGGCGGCACUAUGUGUGCUCUCCACCCUCUUACCCCACGCUGACCUGCAGUUCAUCAACCCCGUCUCGUCCUUCAUGAACUUCCUCCACGAGGGCACCGACCAGCUGGACAACGAGCCUCCAGACCAGACCAACUUGCUCUCAGAAUACGACUUCAUCGUCGUCGGCGCCGGCACUGCCGGCUGCGUCCUCGCCAACAGACUCACCGAGAUCUCAGAAUGGAAAGUCCUUCUAAUAGAAGCCGGUGUCAACGAAAACUUCAUCAUGGACAUACCCAUAGUCGCCAACUAUCUUCAAUUUACUGACGCUAACUGGAAAUAUAAGACGAAACCUUCGAAACAGUACUGUGCCGGUUUUGAAAACCAACAGUGCAACUGGCCUAGAGGCAAAGUCGUAGGUGGGUCCAGUGUGCUGAACUAUAUGAUUUACACCAGAGGAACCCAACCCGACUACGACAACUGGAAGAACAUGGGCAAUGAAGGCUGGGGAUGGGACGAAGUGUUGCCGUACUUUAAGAAGAUUGAAAACUACAAUAUUCCUCAAUUUGACGAUCCAAAGUACCACGGGAAUAGUGGGCAUGUAAAUAUAGAAUACGCACCUUUCCGUACUACAAAGGGUAAAGCGUGGGUCAAAGGAGCUCAACAGUUGGGUUUCAAAUACGGUGAUCAUAACGGUCCCAGUCCAUCGGGAGUGUCAUUCUUACAGUUGUCGAUGAAGAACGGUACUCGCCACAGCUCUAGCAGAGCUUAUUUGCAUCCCAUCAAUAAGAGAAACAACCUACAUCUGUCUAAAGGGAGUAUGGUAACGAAACUUAUACUUGACUCUACAAAAACCAAAGUAAUUGGUGUCGAGUUAGAAAAGAUGAAGAGAAAAUAUAAAAUAUUAGCAAAGAAAGAGGUGAUUGUGUCGGCUGGUGCCAUAAAUUCGCCCCAGUUACUCAUGUUGUCUGGUAUAGGACCUAAGAAACAUUUAGAAGACAUGAAGAUCCCAGUAGUCAAAGACUUAAAAGUUGGAUACAAUUUAAUGGACCACAUAGCAGCUGGAGGCUUACAAUUUGUAGUGCGACAACAGAACCUUUCAAUAAGCACUGAAUAUAUAUUGAAUCACUUAGAAUUAGUUUUUAAAUGGAUGAGAAAUCACAAAGGACCAUUAUCAGUGCCUGGUGGCUGCGAAGCGCUUGUAUUUAUGGAUUUGAAAGAUAAAUUCAACAGCACUGGUUGGCCAGAUAUGGAGUUACUAUUCAUUAGCGGUGGAUUAAAUUCAGAUCCAGCGUUACCUAUGAAUUUCGGUUUUGAACAACAGAUUUACGCUAAUACUUAUGGACCCUUAGGUAAAUCGGACGUGUUUAUGGUAUUCCCUAUGUUGAUGCGUCCGAAAUCUAAAGGAAGAGUUAUGCUGCAGAGCAGGAACCCACGGGCACAUCCGGCGCUAAUUCCCAACUACUUCCAGUACCCGGAGGAUUUACAGAAAAUAGUUGAAGGUAUGAAAGUAGCCAUACAAAUUUCGAGACAACCGGCUAUGAAAAAGAUCGGAGCGAAGUUGUAUGACAUGCCAAUUGAGGAAUGUAUGAAGUAUGGGCCUUUUGGGAGCGAUGCUUACUUCUCGUGCCAGGCGCAGAUGUUCACGUUCACCAUUUACCAUCAGAGCGGUACUUGCAAGAUGGGGCCUGAGGGCGACCCAACAGCUGUUGUUGACCCGAGACUGAAGGUCCACGGGAUCCAGAACCUACGCGUGAUUGAUGCGAGUGUCAUGCCCGAAAUUGUCUCCAGUCACACCAACGCUCCAGUCUACAUGAUCGCUGAGAAAGGAUCCGACAUGAUCAAACAAGACUGGGGAAGGUUAUAAUCAUCCUCCAUAAACCAAUUGAUAAGCAUAUCUGUGAUUUAAAUGAUAGUAAAGACAUUUGUUAAUUUAAGAAGAAUAAUUUUAAAGGCAACAAAUAAAUAAAUCAGCUAAAAUAAACAUCAUCGAAAAUUUUGACAAACAGGAACUUGAAACUUAAACGUCUCAAUACAAAAUGCAAAUACUUAUCAAUUAAGUAGAUAAAAUAUCAUCUACCUGCCGAUCACGCAUAAUGGGCCAUCCAUGUGUCGAAAUGCGGAAAAUAGAGUCCACUACCACACGCCGUUGGAAAGCAAAUUCGUUGGAAUGAUUAUCCUUUAUGAUAAAUGCAAACAAAUUGAACACAUAAAUUAAUUUUAGUAGUAAUGGUAGUAGUGGGCUCUUGAACCCCAAUUGAGUUUAUGUUAUAUAUGUGUAUAUCUGCUUUGUAACUACUUACGUACCACUGCUGGACACAGACCUUAUGUUAUGUUAUAUGAACUUUGGAGAUGUAAUUUUGCUGCAUUCUGAUGUACUGUAUACAUCAACUUGUAUUUUAGCUGAAAUCACUUAAUAUCAGUAGCCAAAAAAAGAAGAACUCUACCAACAAUGCUUUGUCAUUAUUUUUAAUAGAAAUAUAUAAAAUGUAUGUUAAUUACUUACGUUAAGAAUAAUUAUUAAAUAUGUGUACACCUACCUACUUAAAUUGACGUGUCAUAUUCGAUUAAUUUAUUUUAUGUAUCCUCUUGGUUAUUAGCUGUUUUAUGUAAAUAAUAAAAUAACAAUAAGGAAUAAAAUCAAUGAAUGAAUAAA